AUGGCUGCGUCGCACACAAAUACAAUCAGCAUCACGAACUUCACAACAGCUACGACAAUCAUCACGAUCAAUGGCAUCAACUUCCUCACAGACCCCGUGUUCUGUCCGCCCUCGAAGCACGACAACUUAGAGGUUUUGGAAAAGCUCCCUGACGGCAGCAAAUCUCAGAUGAACGGUAUUCCACCUCUACCUCACUUGACUUCGGUUGAGGGCCCAGCAUUGCAGCUUCACGAUCGGCCUCCGAUCGAUGCCAUCCUCCUGAGUUACGAGGACUACAUCGACAACCUUGAUCCGGAAGACCGCAAGUUCAUAGAUGGUCGCAAGAUCUUUGCGGCUCCAGGCGGCACAAAGAAUCUAGCGCCUCGACCCGGUGUCAUUGCUCUCAAACCUUGGGAGACUCUGGAGGCAGUCUUUGGAGGCACAAAGUUCAAGAUCACUGGCACGUCUUGUCAGCACAUCCCGGGUGGUGAGGUCACUGGCAUCGUCCCCAGUUUUGAGUCCGCUAUUUGGAUCGGGAAGAAGCGGCACAUCCAGGUCGCUCAGGUCCAUCUUGGAAACGCCCAAGCGCCUUUGCCUUCAGGAUCGAUUCAGAUCACUAUGGAUGGCAAGUCUGCAUUUGAUUUGGUACGAAGUAUUGGGUUAAUGUGA